CGUGACGUCAUCAAGGUCCUUGUACAGGAUAGGAACUACCUCUACUCUCCGGGAGGCCGUGUCUACAGAGGUGUCCGUGAAGGAGCCGUCCGGGCCACUCCUUGCGGUGGAGUGUGACGGGCCCGCUACCGAUGACAUGAUACAUGGGGACGGACCUGCAGACAUGUCUGCUGAGGAGCCUGACGUCCAGGAUGCCGACCAAGACACGUUUUCUGGAUCCUUUGACAGACAGGAGUCUGUGGCUACAACUGAAGCGAGGCUUAGGAUGGAAGGCGUAGAGCUCAAAGAGGAAUGGCAGGAUGAAGACUUUCCAAGACCACUUCCAGAAGAUGACCAUAUUGAAGGAGAUUUCUUAUCGGGAACAGAUGGCAGGCCAGUACCUAGUCCCGUUGAAAUAAAUGGCAGUAAAAAAGCCAAGAAGAAACUCGUGGCUCCCAACCUUAGCUUGACACUGGAUCGCAGUGACGGCUCCAUCUUAUCUGAAGACUUGGAUGAGAGCGGAGACUUGGAUUUAGAUGAUCUAGAUACAACCUCCGAGAACAGCAAUGAGUUUGAAUGGGAAGACGACCUUCCGAAACCAAAAUCCACUGAAGUGCUCCCCAAAGGGUCAAUCCCAGAGUACACUGCUGCUGAGGAGAAGGAGGAGAGCAGACGCUGGCGUAUGUUCAGGAUUGGAGAGCAGGAUCAUAGAGUGGACAUGUCUGCCAUAGAACCCUACAAGAAAGUAAUCAGCCAUGGAGGUUACUAUGGAGAUGGCCUGAAUGCCAUUAUUGUAUUUGCUGUAUGUUUUAUGCCAGACAGCAGCCAACCCAACUACAGAUACCUAAUGGACAAUCUCUUCAAGUACGUCAUUGGCACUUUGGAAAUGCUGGUUGCAGAGAACUACAUGAUAGUUUAUUUAAAUGGAGCCACCACCAGGAAAAAAAUGCCAAGUCUCGGCUGGCUCCGGAAAUGCUAUCAGCAAAUUGAUAGACGGCUACGGAAAAAUCUGAAGGCUCUCAUUAUAGUCCAUCCUUCCUGGUUCAUCAGAACAUUGCUAGCUAUUACGAAGCCCUUCAUUAGCUCAAAAUUCAGUCAGAAGAUUAAGUACGUCUUUAGCCUGGUAGAAUUAGCGGAGCUUAUUCCUAUGGAGUAUGUCGUUAUCCCAGAGUGCAUAAAAGAGUAUGACGACGAAAAAAGUAAAAAGAAACACAAAAGCGUUGAUAAAGACCUCAACAAGAAGUCUGAAGACCAAACUAACGAGCAAUAAGAUUGUAUACGACAUCCGAUAAAAUUGAAGAACGUCCAUCAAGAUCGGGACAUGUGCCCAUUUCUUCUGGUUGCAGUAAAAGUUCUCCAAGUUUUCCUGCUCUGAAAUGUGCCUUUUCAGAUGUGACUGGGUUUUCUUUGGAAAGGAAUCCUACUCAUUAUGUCCAUAUUGUUACAAAUAUACAGAGGCACUGGUCAAGUUGCAAUAGACUGUUAACCCGUUGCUGGUGCCCUACUUUUGAAUAGUUAUUGUAUGUGAUAGUGACAGUGAAAGUGCCCACGCCACAUGGUUAUAUCACAGAAGAAGCCACCUUUCCUCGGUGGGAAUGGCGCAAACUCUUGAUCACCAUGGUGUAGGAGUUGGUUUUUCAGCCACUUUGUAAGUGUUAAGACGUCGCUGUUGGUAAUGAGCUUGUUUGAGUUGUUUAGCUGCACUUUUGCAAUAAUGGUUUUUUAUGUCAUAUAUAACUAUCGUCUGAUACAUCUAUUGGUGAUAUACUUGCAUGUCCAGUGGAUUAUAUUAGCGGGCAAAUACUUAGCGCUUUGUCUUUCAGAAGAAAAUCUGAUUGACAUAAGGAAAUCUUUGCCUCAGAGGUCAUUAUGGGUGUCAUGUGCAAAGAGUGUAAGUAAAAGGGAUCUUCCAGUCCGUAGCAUUUCUCCUCUCUCCACUGGGUGUUAGAUAACUGGGGUCCGACCGCAGAGACCCACACUGUGUGUUCUGCUAGCUGCAAGACCACAGUGUGAAUGCAGUGGUGGAGACGUACUACUCCAUUCAAAGUCCUUGGCACUGAAGAAAACACUUUCAAUAGAGCCACAAGGUGCUUAUCCAGUGCAUAAGUGAUAAAUGCUUCUGGCUGGAUUACCCCUUUAUGUUUUCUUUGUGAAUGCUUGACGUAGUGUCAGGCUACCUAAUAGAUUAUCUGGUUUUUCGGUAGCUUGCAUUUCACUUAAUUGCCACAUUAUUUCAAGCAUAUCAUAUAUGCGCUUUUCUAUUUUUUAUGUUUUCUAUUGCAAACCUUUGUGCUAGUACGAUAGGUCAUUGAAGAACACACCAGAAGUCCCUACAUCUGCUGUAAAGUCCGUUUCUAUGUGGCUCCUCACUGAACAUAUAUCAGUAAAGAUACCACCAUCGCUCCCUUUAAGCGUUGCAGUUCUAUACAUACAGCUGCAGGGAAUUACAGGGCAGUGGUCUAUGUGUUAUUGGAAGGAUUCCAGCAAUUUCAAUUUAAGAAAUUCCUUUGUGCAUUUUUAUUCCACUUCUCUAAUUAUUACCUAUUCUUAUGUCUCCUCAGAUAUAGAUAGUAUUACUGGUUGUUCUGUUUCUGGCAUCCGUCCCUAAACCAUUUAGUACCAUGGUGCCAUGAAAAUCUGCUCUUUUUUUUCCUAAAUAUGUUUUGUUUAGUCAAGUGACUUAUGAACAUUGUGUAAAAAAAUAUGGAUGCUCGUAAAAAUCGAAUCUGACUAAUGGUAUAGAGUACGUAUGUACACUUCAUUAAUUAUCUGUCACAUUGAAAAUGCAGAGCAAAGUGCAGACAGGAGGAGCUGAGCAGAUUGGUAUAUAGUUUGAUGGAAAAGAUUCAGUGUAACUUGUAUUUUAUUUGUUCCAACCUCUGCCAUUCCCAUGCUUAGGAGCCCAGGGGGCAACCUGCUCAGUGAUUGACAGCCUUCCCUGUCUAAGUAUACAUACAGAGAAUGCUGGGUAGGGAGUAGGACCACUCACUGGACUCUGAAGUAUAGAAUAAGCUCUAUAACAUACGUCCUGAAGGACUUUGUGUAUAAUGGAACAGGCUCCCUUUAAAUGAUAAAGCCAUUGUAUGUCUGUUACUGUAUGAAGAGUCAAAGAUAAGGGGCCCAUGAAAUGUGUAGUGAGGGACAGGGAGUCAUUUUUCCCAUAGUCUGCUACAGGCCAUGUCGGAAUACAUACAUGCAUGCAAGAAGUUGCCAGUUUCAAAAGGGGUUAUCCAAGAGUAAGAGAGACUUUCCAGAGUGGCCGACCCACGGUAGUGAUCAUACUUAACUGGCCCCCGCCGCUUGGUGUCUAACGCUCCUGGGCCGGCUCUUCCUUUCCUUGCCAUGCUGAGAUCAACCCGUCAAUUGGGGGAUAUGUGACCAGUGCAGUCAGUCACAGGCCACAGCAGUGUCCUGCUUCCCCUGUCGUGUGACCAGUUGUCUUGAGCGUAAAGACCCUAGUAUACGGGCAGACAGAGCAGAAGAUUAUCAGGAGGAGACCGCUGCCUGUAAUGGCAGCCAUCUCCUCCUCGCUAAUGCAUCAUUCAGCUACACUGUCUCAUUGCUUGCCAACAGCAGAGCGCCUAUUACACAGCGCCACCCGUCGCUGGCAAACCAGGCUUUUAUUAACAUGUUAAAAGAGCCCGAUUACCGGAUGAACCAAGUGUUUUCUCUUUCAUCUGUUAAUCAGUGGCAGUAUUACACUGCCAUAUGAUCGCUAACGAGCGCCUGUAUCCUGUUAACAAUAACCUGCCCGUGUAAUAGGGCCUUUAGUGCUAUAAUCAGAUUAGUCAUGACAUGUACGCACUCGUUAUAUUACAGGGGUAUCUGACAUUUCCAGCAGUGACCUGAGAAGGCACUUGCCAUGGUUGGUGAUAGGCUGAAGACCCAAUCUGUUGUCUGUGUGAUCCCAUCUUUUUAUAACUUACUGCACAUUUCACCCUUAUUUUGAGUCAACUUAUUAUGCAAUUAAUCUUUUCUUUUUCUCUCAAAGUACUUGCCCCCUAGCCAAACCAAACAAGGAACGAUGGUAAGUGUGGUCAGGUGAUGCCCUACACACAAGCUUCUAGGAGCCUACUAGCAUCAAGGAGUUAUCUAAUGUAGUCUAAUGUGAACAACCAGUUUUUGUGUUAAUGACCCCCAUGAUAAGCUGAUUAUCAGGAAAGUGGCCAGUGAGUCACUUUUUUCCAUACAUCUACAGUAUGUUACAGGGAGAUUUAUGUAUUACAGUGCCUAUCGAAAUAGAGGAGAGCUCCAAAUGGAAGACUCCAUCUGUUAAAGGGGUUGUCAGACAGCAAAAAAUCUAUUUAUUGUUUUCAAAAUUAAAAAAUAAAAGAUUUUUGGAAGUCCUGACACAGUUAGAGUGCUCCCCCCCCCCCCCCUCUCUGAGUGGGGCUGGCUGUCUUAGCCCAAGAAGGGUGAUGGCUUACCUAAUGAACUGGGCCCCCUUUAAGUAUGUAGCCGACAUGGAAAGGGUCUGUGUCAGAAUAAGUGCAGAAGUGGCGCUUCCUGGUGUGCGAAGGGGGUUUUACAUAGUAUGUUCCACGCAUUUUUGAUGAAGUGUAUUUGCAAGUUCAAUUUUCUUUACAAAUGAAAUAGAAUAGAUUUUCUUUUGUCGGACAACCCCUUUAACUCUGAAGCACCCAAUAGGUCAAAGGUGUUUUCUUGACUAGACACCGCCUAAUAUUCUCAUAAUGAAAUAAUUGCCUGGAUCAUAGUGCACCAGGUAACCACUAGUGACUGUACAAUAUUACAUGUUACAGGGAAAUGACUGGUUAUAAGGGACGUAAACCCUUGAAGCCUAGAUCCCAAAGGUAUAGGAAAGUAAAGCUGCAUCAGAUGCACAGGGAGCUGAUACUGUUUUUAUCUGUUUACCAUAAAACCUACCUUUUUAAUAUUGUAUUGUCCUAUAUUUUAUAAUGUAAAAUGUCAAAAAUGUUUUUCUCCUGUUUGAUCUUUUAUGUAUAUAGAACGCGCUCUUGCAACUUUUACUUGGAGGAUGCAUGUUCUUUACUAAAAUAUUUAUAUUCAUAAAGAGAAAAGGACAGAGCUAAUAUAUAUUUUUAUGACAUUUUUGUGAACAAUAUUUUAUGAUGUACUCAUUACCCCCAAGCAAGUACUCCUCUGACCGUUGUAAUGUUGUCAAAAAAGAAAAAAAAAGAAAAACAAAAGUAGCUGUAUUGUACGUGUUGGGGUGUGAUCAGACAAUCUCACUGUUCUUACAAAUGUGCAUUAUUUGCAGACUUGUAAAAUUGCUCAUUUGUCAUCCCUUUAUAUGGGCAGGCAAAGUAUAAGUUUGGCUCGUUAUUAUUUUAUUAAACGUAAUAAAAUUCUGUCAGGAGAUA